GCGUGUGUGUGCGCGCGCGCGCGCGUGCGUGCGUGAGUAAGUGAGUGGUGAAAGCCACCAUUUGUUUAUCAUUUUUAAUUAAAUAAUAUUAAUUUAAAUAGGUUAACAUUUUUUAAAUAAUAUGUUUUCACUUAAUUUGACAAAUGAAGGUCUUUAUGAAUUCAGCUAAAAAUAAUUUUGCAAGAAAAAUAUCAAAUUCAGUCUAAGCACUAAUUACAUACAUUUACAUUCUAACCAAAACAGCGGAUUUAAUGAGUGGGCACAAAGGAGAAUAUUAAGCGACCACUGCUUAAGACAAUAUAAAAACUUAAGAAGACUGGAAUUUAGGAGGUCAGAAUUAUAAUUUCAAUGAUCAUGCCAGUGGGUUCAACAUUAGAUAUUUCUUUGAUUUCAUAACAGCAGAUGGCAUUAAGAAAAUAUAAGUUUGAUACGUAAACGUUAAGAAAAAGUUAACGCUUUUAAGCAUCUCGGUUAACGAAAGGAUCGUCAUUUUAUUGGCUUACGAUCUGGCUCACGUGGUCCAAGAUCAGCGUGGACGUUUGCGACGUUGGGAACGCGCCACGUGGGAAUGACGUUGGCGCCAUAAUUGACAGCAGUGAGGAUCUGAGCUUCAAGCUGUCGGCAGUUAUCAGCAUCAUUGGUCUCACGGUAAGUGUUAAAUGUGUUUUAUCUAAUGAACAGUUGCAACUGUUUAAUCCAACAAAACCUUAAACAGCGUUCAUCCGUUAAGUAUAUUUACAAUCACAAGUCAUAGAUGUGUCCUAAGGAAUAACUGAGGACGAGUCAAUGAAAGUGGCCUAUUAAAAACAAUGAAGCGCGAAGCGUAUAUCAUUUUUCAAAUAGGUGUAACUACACCGCAAGACGUUUGGUGUAUUUAAAGACAUUUGGCGUUUUUUGUCAUCUCAGCCAUCCAUCGCUGAAAUUGUUACGUCAACGCGUGACGCGCGAUAAAAAAAAGCCGUUGUCAAUUUUGUCUGAUGUGGACAAAAUGUAAAUAACAUGUAAAACAGUGUUUCCGCUAGAGUCAUUUUGCUGUGGGUUUUUUGAUAAAUCGUUGCUUUCAUUUAGUGGGAAACUGUCGUCAGUACGGCCUCGCGAGCGCGAUGUCUCGCUUUCCCGGGUCGCGGCGUCUGUGAUUUGAGCGGGAGGGAGAAGCCGCUCAUUUAGUUCACCGUACGGCGGCCACCUUGUGAGUAAAAGAGUACAAAACAGCGUUUCCAAAACCCGUCAAUGUAAUCGACUGAUUGGAUAUAGAAGCACGAAUUGUUCGUCUGUAAAUAAGCACAUGGUUACAAAGCGCAUGCGCCGUGUGACGGAAUUAGCCAAAAUCUCAGUUCUUUAAGGCAGUGGUUCUCUAAUUGGGGACACCAAGAUGGAUCCAGGGGGGCCACAGAUUUUGUGGCAUUUUAUGAAAUCUAGAAAUUUAUCAUAGAUUUUAUGCAAUCAAACAUCAGAAGAAGGACACCACCAACCAAAAGAAUUGAGGUUCCAGCAUUGUAUAACUGAAUAUAUUUUUGGUUUAAUUAAAAUUCUAAGUUUAAGAUUAUACGUCUUUAUAUUACAUUCAAAUAUUAAAAGACCCAAACGAGCAGAAAUAAACUUUCUGCCCAACUUUCCCCAGGGAGAGAAUCCCUCUACUCUUGAACAUUGAAGGCAGAAGAUCGUUGAUGAAAUGAAGAAAGCUGAGAAGAACUUGGCGCUUAUAAAAAAGAUGAUGCAGAAAACAUUUAGCCUGCGGCGACAGACCAUAGUGAACACGUGCCCACCAGUGAAAGAGCUCAUGGAACUCUGGCCUGCACUCAAAAUGGAGUCUGAGGUAAUGUGUAGUGGCACUUGUUCCUGGUAUAUGCAGAGUUCCAACGAAUUACAAACCAGAACCUGCCCAACACAUUGUACUCUGAGCUUGACAGACAUUCCUAGACUGAUGACCCUGUUCAGACAGAAGGCAGCCAAAACCAGGAAGACAUCAGAUGCUCUGGCUGAAAUUCUAAGAAUCUAUGAUGAACAGGAGCUUCGUGACGUACACACCAAGCGUACCACUGUUCUUCAUGCCCUUCCUGUGUAUUUACAUGAGGACGUCUCUGGGUUCUUCAGGACCUGCACAGACAUAUCUGAUGAGCCACUGCUUUUAGAUGUUGCAGUUGUCCUCCUUACAGUCGUCACAGAAAAUGACAGAAGUCCAGUUCACUUCCAGCCUGUGAAAAUCUCUGUUGUCAUUGAAAGCGAGAUUGUGGUCAGCCUCUCCAGAUUUGCUGAUGCCUUCCUGGUAAUGUGUGGACUGAUCUAUGCACUACACCUCAGCUAUCCCAGGGGACUGACCAACACUUUUGAAUUCACUCAAAAAAAUGUACUUGGUCUUGAAGGUGGUAAACUGUCACCCAAGUUACAGAGUCUCAAAAAUGACUUGAUGCGUAUGUAGAAAUGUGUCUGAAAAAGUUUAAUGCCUGGCAGUUCCUAUGUAGUUCAAUGUAGGUUAUUUCUGUGGAAAAUAAUGCCUUAAAAGGUUUCUGUGCUAAUGUGUGGGUAUUUCUCCACAAUCUGCACUAUGUGCCUUCGUAUUUAUAAAUGUUAUUUGGUAUUAAUACAGCUCUAGUUGUUGAGUUGUUAAGCUGGGUAGUACUUUGUAACGGUACAUGUAAUAGUUUUAAAUGGUUCAUGCUGUUAUGCAGGUUUAUGACAUAGUUAAUAGGUUUUAGCCUAGUGCACCACUGAAUUGUUUUUUUAUGUUUGUCUUUUUAAAUUGACAAUGUAGUUUUAAAUGGGAAAGGGCAAGAAUUCAGUGUAACACAAUGUAAUUCAAACUGUUUAAGUUGUUUGUACUCAAAAUAUUUGAGGCAACGAGUUGCCUCAAAACAAUUAAGUAUUGAGCCAUGCGACUUUGAGUUUCGUGUGUCAAAGUUUUUUGAGUUAUGUGUAAUUAAAAAAAUUGACAAAGAAACUAAUAAAUAUUGAGUUCACGCAACUAAAAAGUGCUUCUUUGUGUACUUAUUUUUUUAAGUAAUGUUAAAUUAAUGCCAUGAUAUUUUUUAAGUCACUGUAACUGAAAAUUAUUGAGUAGACCUAAUAAGAACUUUUAAUUUAACUGUAAUCAAAAUGUUUAAGUAGCACAUAAUCAAAAUAUUUAAUCUCUAAAAUAAAUUGUUUUUAAGUUCAUGAACUUAAAAAUUUUGAGGCAACGAGUUGCCUUAAUUUUUUUGAGUUCUGCUUACUAAUUUGGGUUUACAGUGUAGGCGGUUUGCGUGUUUAGCUGGUUCUGCAAAAUGUAUUUUUAGGACAUUUGUUGCAUUUGCGCAAGUGCUUCAACAAGAGUUUUUAUCACAGCUGUAGUGACAGUGAUGGACUGUGUUUCCAAGCAGCAUAGAGAGAUUAAAUGAAUAAUGUACAGUGUGUAUGAAUAUGAUGUGCUUUCUCCUAUUGGUUAUAUUAAAGAAUUUGCCUCUGUGGAUGCGAGUUUGUUCUGUACUGUACUGUAUAGACGGCUUUUGAAUUUUCUGCUUAUAAUGGCCUAGUUCUGUCUGCCUUCUCAGCUGCCGGCUCUCGUCUCCGCUCUGUCAAUACAGUGGGCUCUAAAAGGGGACUAGGUCUUAUUGUCUCUGUCCUUUGUGUGUUCGCUUUGCUGCUUUUUCAUUAGAAGACAAGACGCCAUCUGCCUUGGGACAAAAAGUGCAAGUCUUGCGCCUGCAUUCGCGCUGCGGGAAUGCCCCAUUUCCCACUUUCCUUUCAUCGCUGCAUGUAACUUAACGAGAUCUUUUCAUCAUGAGUGAAAAUGUGUGACCCUUAAUCGUUCAGUUACUCUAUUUCUUUCAGUGCCGAUGUUGUAGGCUUGGAUUUGCCCCCUCAAGCAGUUAGAAUGGGCAAAUUUUCUGUCAUUUUGAGAUUAGCGUGAAGGGAAUUGAAAAGUGGGAAAUAUUUAAUUGCUUGGGAGUAAUUGCUGGUUAGGAGUUUAAGUAAUACAAUAUUGUUUUCAUUUAUAGAGGAAAUAAAUGAAUCGGUUGUUGGCUGAUUAUUGGUUUCUGUGAUACAAAUCAAAAAAACUAAAAUUAAAUUAUUUUUAGUGUUCUGUUAUUUUUAGAUUUUGAGUGCUAGAAUUAGAUUGUAUUCUAUAAUUAGUUUUAUGCAGCUGUGGAAAAAAAACACACAUUUUUAUUUAAUUAUUUCAAGAUGUAUUGUGGCCAGUCCAGUGUCUGUUGAAUGUCAACAAAAUCAAACGAGGUUAUCACAUCAAAAAUAUAUUUGGAACUUUUCCUAAAUACAUAUAGACAUAUUACUGUUGUAUUACUGUAUUGCUUAAAAGUGAAUAAACGUAUUUUCUUUGCAGCGUUUCAGGUCUGAAAAAUACAAAGCACUUUUUCUGUUAUUUUGACCUGUUUCUCCAGUUAAAAUUUUCUGCAAAUAGAAACAAUAGUUUCAUUUGAAGUUUGGGAGAAAUGUUGUUAGUAUUUCACAGAAAAUAAGAAAGAAAAUUACUUUACCUAAACAAUAAACAUACAUACAAAAUUCUCUCAAUGACUCAAUUGCGGGAAAUGAAUAGGUCUUUAUUGAAAAGUUUCCACAAGAAUCCACCAAGAGACACCGGCCUCGGAGCCACGAGAGUCCGCGGGGAGAGGACCCGACGGCACUCACGGAAGAAUCUGAAGUAGACCCAGUCCAGGAGAUUCUGUCCCACGAAGGGGGAAUGCACGGCGGGGAGAACCCUCAACCCAUCGGCCGAUUCUUGUCGAGAGAGGUGGUCGCUGGUGAAGUGAUUGCCAGAGUGUAUAGAGCAGGAACAGUCCAGGACGAGACGAGGAGAGGUGAGGUGAGGUGAGGUGAGGUGAGGUGAGGUGAGGUGAGGUGAGGUGAGGUGAGGAGAGGAGAGGAGAGGAGAGGAGAGGAGAGGAGAGGAGAGGAGAGGAGAGGAGAGGAGAGGAGAAGGGGAUAUAAAGGGGAGGACAUCAAAACCCAAACGAGAAACAGGAGGGGAGAGAGAAGACAACGAGUAACGCCAGGUGAAAGUCAUAAAGCAAACGAGAGACAGGAGUGGCGAGAGAAGAGACACUGAUUGGAACAGGUGAGAAGACUGAAACAAUAACGAUGAGACAACAGGGUAACGAUGAGACAACAGGGUAAGGAGGCGGGGUCACACCACAAUAACAAGAAAACGCAUGGAAAGAAACGAAACAUCUACACAAGAGAAGAAACAAAGCCACAAGAAUCAAAAACUUCAACACAAGAGAGGAAACAAAGACA